GAACACCACUAUCAACUUUGGGUUAUCACCCAGGGGAAUAUUUAUCACCCGAUAUAAAUUUCGAAAACGAGGAUGACGAACAACUUGAUGCGACUCAUAACCCACAAGAAUCAGAUGAAGGAUUAUGGUUAUUGUGGAAGUCUUCAAGUAUUACUUCCAAAAAUAACUCAGCAUCAAAUCAAUGGAACCUUCCCAUAUUAACUCGAAACAGGAACAUGAAUGCUGUUACCACUGAAUUAUCAAAUGGUGAAUACGAGAUGCAUCAUGAUGAUGAGAAUGACAGCGUUCUUGAUGAAGUGUUACUGAAUAAUGGAAGAAGAAAGAGCGAAGAUUAUUAUUUACGAAUGAAUGGUGCCUUUGGUGGAAUUUCAUUAUUUUCCUAUUGUUUGCCUGUUUUUACUUUGAUGCAUAAUUGGUGGUGUUGUAGCUUAUUAGGACUAGAUGAUGAUUAA